AUGCUAUUUCCAUCCUCCUGUUUCCCAAUACAGGAACGUGGCCAUGGAGAAUGCGGCAGUGGUGGAGCUGUCUUCAACGAAAAUGUUCUUUCUUAUGCUAAUGUUCGAUACUCCGUGGAUUCAGACAGUGAAUCGCGGUUAUCGCUUCGCUACCGACAACGAAACACAAUGCGGCACUUUGAGGUCCAACGCAUUCUUAUUUGGCCCCCCACUGAUGGUCCAACCGCCGGUGACCACUCGGUAUUCUACUACUGUGAGUACAUCGGUGAUUAUUCCUGGCAGAGGCAACAUGGCAGUUUCUACAACGCGCUUCUUUCCGGUGAUGUCAUGCAUUCCAUGCAAAGUCAUCCUGAAUCGGGACAGACAUCUAGUGUCUGUCCGUGGUACACCCUUAAAGAACAAAAGCGUCUUUCCUCUGACUCGAGGUCCACUUCCGUUUACGACAUCUCCUUUUUAUUUACUUGGAAUAAUUUAACUGAACCCCAUUUGACCAACGACUUUUGUCCGUGGUCAUAUUUCGAUGGAGGAGGUACUUGGAACAUCUUGGGUGGGCUGUUUUGUGAGCAACGACACUGCAACUGGACUGCAAGCACAUGUACGGAAGUCAAUCUAGAUGGCAAUUACAUGGCGCUCCUCUGUAAUAAUAGUUGUUCAGUGAAAGAUAGUGACUAUGACGAAGAAUCCAAGGAUGUAGAUAAGGAAGAGGGGAAGGAAGAUGACUUUGCAGAGGAGCGGAUGCAGGAGGAUUGUGGCGUUGAAGAAGCAGUGUCAGCUACGCAAGAGUUAUAUGUGUGCGAUGUAGAAGAAGCUGAAAGGGGUGAAGAGAGCUUGUCAGGAGACGAAGGUGAAGAAGUGAUGGAGUGUGAUCUGGUCCAUAGUCGGGAGGAAACGCAUUCUUCUUUGUCGUCAAUAACUUAUGAAAGUGAGGAAAAUACUUGGUACAGUCCUUUUGAAUUGUCCUCUGACAUGGACACGCUUAACAAUAGACUGCGGCCACGGUGGAGGUGGAUCCUCCGUCAGACACGUUGGCCAUUUCGAUUUGCACCACAGCAGACUGUUGACCUGUCCAUGCAUGAGAUUUCGAUCCCGACGUGGCGAGCGAGUGCCGGACGUCUGAUUUCGGAUGUUCGGAAUUUUUGUACAAGGAAUCGCGAGACAAAGAAUCUUAUUCUUCUAGAUCCCAUGGCAAGUUUUGCCCUAUCACCGCUCUCGCCACUGCUCAAUCUGAUGCAGCACUCUGUGCAACCGAAAGCCCACCUGAGAGGCAUUCUGUGGAUGACCGCAGUUGAUGCUCUUUCCCCCUCCUACUGCGUCCCCAUUCCUCGUCAAGGCGUGGACUGUGAGGAUGAAAUGAAGCACCCCUAUCCGCGACCACUCUACUUGCGAUUUCUCACUGUAGCCGCCUUCGUGUCCAAUUGGUUUGCCUGGUUCUCUCGCAUCGAGACCUACUUGUCAUUGGGUACAUCUCGUUUUCCGCCAUUACUCGUGUUUGACCCCGUGGCAGGGCAAAGCAUCUACACCCGGUCUGGGCGAUCGACCACAGCGAACCAGCACAAGGUAGUGGAAUGGCGGUCUCCAACCUGCAUAAUCGCAAAUCAAGUGCUACAACUGCCACAGAUGUCACUGUCAACGACACAGCGCUCCUACCAGAAGGAUGUUCAACAACUGUACCGGAUGAUUGAGGCGUCGACAGACGGUCAAGCUUCGGUAAUCGGAGUCACUGAAAUGUCAGUGGUGAUCUCGCUGCAUCCCAAAUUUAGUUACAAUGCGCACGCUGAUUUCACUGCAAAAAUUCGAUGCCCUUUGGCUUACCCGAGAGACACUCCACAGGUGACAUUCAACACACCAAUCUUCCAUCCCAAUAUCGACAACCCAACGGGCGAAGUUUGUCUAAAUCUUCUUAAUGAGUGGCGUAGCUGUUACAAUCUGCUAGAUUUGAUCAAGGCUCUUCUUUACCUAAUCGCCAAUCCAAAUUUCGAUUCGCCAAUCAGCCAGUUUGGGUCCCUAAAUAACAGGAGCCUGCUGGCGAAGAAGACAAUGCGGUUACUGGCUGGUCUGCCUGUGAACGGUGAACGGUUUGCGCCAAACAAGGCGUGGUGCGAAUGGGCAGAGGCCAAUGGGUGCCUUCCGACUGAUGACGAAGAGAAUGAUGAAGAUGAUGAGGAUGAUGCCAGUAGUGAGGAGGAGGACGGUGGGGUGCAGACUACGCUUGCGGCGGCUCUGCAAGAUAGGAAUGAUGUGCGCGACGCUGCUUUCGCAUACGGGGUAGGUGACGUGGUUGUUGGUGAAGGCUUAACUAGCAUCAAAACAUGGAGUCGUUAG